GACCAAACUCAGUACAUUCGGCACCAUGAGCACUUCCAGCUACGACUCCUUCUUUCACGCUCACAGGAGGCGCUAUGGCGACAGCUCCAUGCCUCGGACCUACGGAACUGCCCAGCAUUUCAGGAGCGGCUACGGCAGCAGCGCGAAGCCCUCCUACACAACCUACUCGGCGCCUUCCUUCGCCGUGAGGAAAGCCCACAGCAUCUCGUCCUCUCUCAUGUCCUCGAUGGACAACUUCGACCUGAACCAGGCCACCGUGGUGAGCAGUGAGUUCAGGGCGCUGAGGACCCAGGAGAAAGCCCAGUUGCAGGACCUGAACGACCGCUUCGCCAGCUUCAUCGAGAAGGUGCAUGAGCUGGAACAGCAGAACAAGGUGCUGGAGACUGAGCUGGGGCUGCUGCGCCAGAAACACGGAGGGCCAUCCCGCCGCAAGGGCAUCUACGAGCAGGAGCUGAGGGACCUGCGACUGGCGUUGGACGAUGCUAAACACGAGAGGCAGGCGGCGCAGAGCGAGCGGGACCAUCUGGAGGACACCCUGAAGAACCUCCAGAGCCGCUACGAGGAAGAGGUGUUGAACCGGGAGGAUGCCGAGGGCAGGCUGAUGGAGGCCAGGAAGGGCUCCGACGAUGCGGCGCUGGCCAGGGCCGAGGUGGAGAAGAAGAUCGACAGCCUGAUGGACGAGAUCGCCUUCCUGAAGAAGCUCCACGAGGAAGAGAUCGCCGAGCUCCAGGCCCAGAUCCAGUACACGCAGGUGACCGUGGAGGUGGACAUGGCCAAGCCCGACCUGUCCUCCGCUCUGCGGGAGAUCCGCGGGCAGUACGAGAAGGUGGCCGCCAAGAACAUGCAGUCGGCCGAAGACUGGUACAAGAGCCGCUUCGCCGUGCUGAGCGAAACCGUGUCCAAGGACCACGACGCCACCAAGCAAGCCAAGGACGAGGUAGUGGAGUACCGGCGCAUGGUGAAAGCCAAGACCCUGGAGAUAGACGGCGUGAGGGGGAUGAACGAAGCGCUGGAAAGGCAGCUGCAGGAACUGGAUGAGAAACAAGGCGGGGAGAUCAGCUCAUUACAGGAUGCCAUCAGCCAACUGGAAAAUGAGCUCCGAAACACCAAGAACGAGAUGGGCCGCUACCUGAAGGAGUACCAAGACCUUCUCAACGUCAAAAUGGCCUUGGACAUCGAGAUCGCAGCCUACAGGAAACUGCUGGAGGGAGAGGAGACGCGGAUCAACUAUUCCAACGUGGGCGGCAUGAUCAGUGGCUAUGCCCACACACAGAGUGCCGCCAUGUUUAGCCGCCCCAACUACUCCAUGCAGAGCAGCUCGUACAUGCUGUCCAGCAGGCCCACCAUCUUCAGUGCCUAUUCCAGCAGCCAGGCUGAGGAGGAAGUCAUGCAACAAGUCCAGGCGUACUCAGCUCAGAUGGAGCCUCCAGCAGAUGAGGUUGAUGAAGAAGAAGGUGAAGGUGAGGACGAGGAAGAGGAAGUUGGAGAGGAAAACGGUGAAGAGGAAGAAGAGAAGGAGGAGGAAGAUGAGGCCCAAGGAGAGGGUGAAGAGAAGGACAAGGAUGAGGAAGGAGAGAGUGAAGAGCAGGAAGAAAGCAAGAUGAAUGGAGCUGCGGUUAAUGGUAAGAGUGCAGCGAAGAUGGAAGAAAAGAAGUAAGAUGCUGAAUGAAGACAGAAUAUAACGUGUUGAGUUGUAAAAUGGGAACUAAUCCCAGCCAUCCGAGCCAAAGAUGCAACGUAAAAUGUUCUAGUGAAAGUUCAUGCUUUAUGUAUUAAGAUUGACUCAGCUCACAAUGUAAGAAAAUAACGAAAUGCUUGUGCAGAUUGUAAACUUAGUGAUGUGUAAGCAUGGUUAAUGAGGAAUGCGAGCCAUGCACUGAAUUUAACUGACCCGCGGGUCAGAAAUACUGAAGCAAUGUUGUAUUGUCAUUAUACAAUCACUAUCAAAGCAAGGAAAAAUGUACAAUUAUUUACAAAAGUAACACAGGACAAUAUGACAUGUUUGCAAAAGAUUGAGUCACAAUGGAUGGUGCAACUAACAAUAAACACAGCUCUGAACAAAA